AUUCCGUCGGUCUCGAGUGGCGGUUUUGAGUAAGUCGGGGGAGGUGACAGCAAGCCCGAAGUGAACAGAAGAGCACACAAAGCAUCCAAAGCUCGCAUAAAGAACACGAGGAAGGCAACAAAAAGCAAGCAAGCAUGCAGCCCAUAUCAGUCGCCCAUUCGUCCGGCCGCGGUGAGGUGAUGUCAAAAGGUAUAGAAGAGGCCAAGAAUAGACGGAGAAGGUUUCCAGCCUUUACUCUUUUCUCUUCCGAAGACUUUCUUCCCCCUGCAACAACAACAUUUCAGCCUAUUGACUUGAUAGGGAACUGUGCUGUGGCUCUUCUCUCUUCGCUCUUUUUGCCUUGCUUUUCCUCUUCUUCUUCUUCUUCUUCUUCUUCUUCUUCUUAACUUGAAGACUGUUGAUGGAGAAGGAGAGUUUCAUGGACUUGCUGGGCUCAGAGGAGGGAAAGGAUCAUCUGUUCUCUCCACCCUCUUGUCUCUCAUCUCCCUCCUCCUCCUCCUCCUGCUACUCCUCUUCAACGUCAGCACAGAUGCUAUGGUUUGGUGGGAAGGAGGAAGAUGCUGUUGCAGUACUUUAUGGGGUUCCUCAGAUAUCAACCGACUCUUCUCUGUCUUCCCCCUCCUCUUCUCCACCUUCCACCACCAUCAGUACUUGCAAGUCUCCAAAUAAGACGAAAGUGGGAAGAGGGCGAAGAACAACAAGUGUGACAGCCACCAAAGUCAACACUACCAAGAAGCCCAAGACAGCAGGCUCAUCCUGUCCAGGCACGAUCAUGGUGAGGAAAGACAAGCUAGGGGAAAGAAUUAUGGCACUGCAGCAGCUGGUCUCUCCAUUCGGCAAGUCUGAUACGGCUUCGGUUCUGCAUGAAGCCCUGGGGUACAUCCGAUUCCUGCACGACCAAGUCCAGGUUCUGAGUUCUCCAUACCUGCAACGCCUGCCGUCCUCUGCUCACCUGCAUGAUGGGAGAGAGAAGAAUGAUCUGAGGAGCCGGGGGCUGUGCCUGGUCCCAGUGGCGAGCACGGAGCACGUGGCGAGGAGCAACGGUGCCGAUCUGUGGUCGCCGGCCGCCCAUGGGAAGUAGCAGCAGCAGCAGAGACGCUCCUCCUCUUCCUGGAGUUCGCAGGCAAAAGCCUCGUUUCUUGAAGCUCCUCCUGUUUUGAUUUCCUUGCUACCAACAACUCCCUCUCGGGCUGCUCAUUCCUUUGCACUUCUCAGUUGCAGAAAGAAAGUAUAUCGAUCGCGCUACGACGUCUAAUUCAAUCAUAGAUUGAAUUACUGCAUAUUAGAGUUUAAUAUAAUUUGGAAUCUUUUCUGAACCGAUCAAAAAUUUUGAUUAUUUAUUUCAUGCUUAAAUUGACGAUA